AUGCCACAUGUUCGACGGAAAAGGGCAAGAGAAAUUUGUCGUGGAUCGUCUUGUAAGCAUUUAUCUACCAUGCAAACUGGUCAUUUGGCUUCUGCAUCUCCGAGAAUCAGUCUUUUGUUCCUGAUAUUUCUUAAUCUCCAAACCUAUGCUGAAGGUCUGAACUUUUGUUUUGACGGAUCAAAGGAAGGUAGGUUGAUAAACUGGAAGUGUUUAUAAAAAACUGAUUUCCUUUCCGACUGACGUCCAGCCCCAGCAUAUGUAUAUAUAUAAGAUGAAACACUGGAUCUAUAAAUGAAAACGUCGACCAAUUCAUGCAUGCAUGCAUGCAUGCAUGGCCCGCGUGGAUUAAACUGCGUCUUCCACCGUAUAUUUAUAUUUCACCACUCCCCCCAUAUUAUUUAAUCAUUCUCGUCCUAUUUUUUGUCUUUAUUACUUUCAAUAUUUUUAUUAAAGGUAACCGUUUGAACAGCACAGUGAUAAAAUAUGUUCACACCAACACAGGACUACAAUGUAUCUUUCUAUGUGUGCAAUUGGACAAAUCAUGUCGAUCUAUUAACUUCAGAAAAAUCUCAAAUGGUGAGAAAAAUUGUGAGUUACUGAGAGAUGUUCAUUCAGAAAAACCAGACCUGUUACUCAACGAUGACCAAUUUGAUUACUACCUAUUACUCGAUCCUAAUAGGGUAAGCGUGAACCGUAUAUAUAUAUAUAAUACGCCAUGCUGCAUGGUUAUUUGUGCAUGCAAAUUCUGUUUUAUUGCAGUAGCCAAACGUGUAGAAUGUAUAUUGUUUCCAAAACUGUCUAAAUAGGUGACAAAGAUGUAUAUACAGAGCAAAAACCACAAAGUUGGCAUGGCUUACAGGCUAACGUAGCUACUUGUCAAUGUAUCUGGUACACUAGCUUUCUUCUUAUAGAACUACUAACUUUACAAAAAUGUAAUGUCUAUUAAGUAUUAUGUAGAUUCAAAAUGUCAAUUGAAAAGUUCUCGAUAGAUUAAAAUUUACAUAUUUCAAGAAGUCGGCCUAUAACUAUCAGCCUAUAGAUAACGGCUGUAUUUAUCCUUUUCGACCUGCACAUAUUAUAAAAGUGCAAUUACCAUAUAUUAACAAUGAAAAGCGUUUUAGACUGCAUUAGGCACUACAACGAGUCACACAAGCAUGUUAAUUAAGCAAAUUAUUAUUUUGUUGAUCGAUCAAUUUCUAUAGAAACCUCCAGAACCAGUUUCAUUAAGCACUCGGGCUCAGACAACACAAAUGUUAACAAGUAAGUUUAACAGUAUACCAUUAAAUUAUGAAUGAAAGUAGUCGAGAUGUUUUAUUCAUCCUUCUCCCUCAGCCCCCGCCCCCAACCCCACAUCCUGUUUAUUAUUCUAUUCGUCUCUCAACGUGAACCGUUAUCACAAAUCACGUAUCACAAAACUAGUGUCACUUUUUAUACUGCAGCACAUAUUGGUAUACAGGAUGUAUAAAAAAAACUGAACAGAUUUGAAAUUGCUCUCAAUUUCGCAAAGCAGCUCGUGGUGUCAAGUUUUUGUUAUAUAUAGAAUCCUUGAGUACCCAUAAUGUAGAAUAGAAAUUCUACACCCAAACACCCAACACAGUUUUCACCCAUUAACUCAUAAUACGAUCAAAGCUUUUUUAAAAAUCUCGUGCGCAACCCAUUUUUAGUUUGUUGAAAGACACCCUGGUUUACAAAAUUUGAGUUCGAGAAAUUUUUUUCAUUAUUGUACCCAAAGAAGCGAGAUAGAUAGAUAGAUAGAUAGAUAGAUAGAUAGAUAGAUAGAUAGAUAGAUAGAUAUAUAUAUAUAUAUAUAUAUAUAUAUAUAUAUAUAUAUAUAUCUGACAAAAAUACGGAAUCGAAAUAAAGUAUAUUACAGGAGAUAUUCAGUUGUUUUAAUCAUAAAAUGGAUUUCUAUUGACAACUAGUGCCAGUACUUUUCCGCGUAUCAAGAUCAUCUGGUAUGGUUGAACCGUGAUGUUGAACUGUACCUCACCGUGCACAAAUCCUUUAAGAUUUCAAGCGCUUUCAUUGGUCGAGAGCUAUGUGAUCUAUCAGAGGACAGACGCACGGAAUUACGUCACACAAAACCUUAUCCAAUAGCAUUCCCUUAUUUGUAUAGAUCAUGUACGCGUGAUAUUUGUCAAAUUUAGACUUUUUCAAAUUUCCAAAUGUUUGGGUGGAUAAAAAGUAGUUGGGACAUGCAUUUUAAGUAUAUCUUUCAGAAGGCUAGUUCACAACUCCAUAUCUUGAGUGUGUAAAUUUUAUUGAUAUGCUUAACAGAUGAUCUUCACUUAUUUUUCAAUAUUGUGUUUUAAGUGUAGAGGUGUGGGGAAGUACAUACGCCGUACAUAUAGGUUUGGGUAUACUAGUCAUUAAUGAUGUUAUUAAUAAACGAGAUCACAAAUUAUGGAAUAUAAUAAUAAUAAUGGCUUUAUUUCCCACAUUUCAAUAGCGGAUACGCUAAAUUAUAAUGUGUUUACAAUUUAGUUCAACUACUUGUUAAAACUACAGGGUGUAUCAAAAUAAACGCAAUUCAUCUUUUGUGCUUAAUAACUUUCGAAAUACUAUUUCUAGUUAAACGCUUUUAGGCUUACUUCAAAGCCUGUUCUUUUCUCUUUCAAAGAAACUAUUAUCCUUGUCUCCAAUGCUAGUAAUAAUUGCACAGGAAAAGAUUUAGUAAAACCUAUCAUUUUUAGUUGCUGUUUAAUUAUGCAAGUUUACUAUGUUAUUGUUUCGUCGGUUUAAAUGUUAGAAUUUUCUUCUUUAAACUUUAAUGUUGUCGUCACUACAUCUGGAAAACCACGUAAGAACAAAUUUAAAGUAUUUUAAAAGAGACAAGGUUGUUUAAAAAUCCUAAACGAAUGCUAAAAAUUGUCAAAACAUUCUGGUGUCUGAGCCAGAGUGUCAUCGAAUUGCGAUGUAAUGUAAACAGAAAUUAUAGCAAGUUGAUGUCAGUCAGCUUAGAUGGUCCAAGCCAAAAUUAUAUCGCAUUUGAAGUUUCAAACUGAGUUAAAAAUAGUGGAAGAAAAGCCUUAAUUAUACUUAUUGUUACAAUCCAUUUAAUAAAAUGCAACAUUUUUUUUGUUUUAAUGAAAAAAUCAGUUAUUUUCAUGAGAACGAUUUGUUAUUCCAUCCCAAUUUUUUUAAUCUCCAAUCGCAAUAACGUAGAGUAUUAUUACCCGCGAACCAAUGAGUCAAAUUUAAGAAACAACCCACUGUUAGAAAGCUGAAUGGCUACGCUUUAAAAUGAAUGUAAACUUUAACGUUUUCGUCUAUUAUUUGUUUAGCAAUUUACAUUUCAGUCGAGGAUUGCGCUUUUUUUGAUACACCCUGUACAACUGAUUCUAGAAUAUUACAUGCAUAUACAAAAUUAUAUCUAAAAUAGGCCCACGACUAAAAUAUUUCUAAACAUUAGUAUUUAGGUUAAGAUGAUCGCCAAUUACACUACUCUUAUAUUCCAAACACAAUCUGCCCACCUGACAACACAAUUUCUUAUUAGCAUCAUAUUAACAUUCUCAAUUUAAAAACUACAAUUUUAGCCUAUCGUUAUAUUUAUCUAUUGCAUAUACUAACGGACUGCGUUUAAAUCUUUCAUGCAGUUAUGUAGAAGAAGUUAUAACAUUUGUCCGGAUUUGUUCUAGUAUCUCUUCCUUUUACCUCAGAAUAAAAUUGUAAGUAACCCUGAUAAUACAUUAAGCGAGCUGUUAUACCACCGAAGAGGACAAGGUGUUUGAGAGAGCGCAAGCAUGCAUGCACAAUUAUAUUCUACCCAAAGUUAGGACUGAGAGAUUUAAACGGUUAUUUAUAAACAGACGAACUUUAGAUACAUGCUUUUAUUAGAUAUAAGUUAUUAUACAUGUUAUAGGCCUGUUUCAAAUGUCACGCUUCUCAUGCGCCGAACGCAUUAAAAACAGUAGAUAAUCAGCUGAAAUGACUCAUUAUCUAUUGUUUCUAAUGGGUUCGGCACAUGAGAAGCGGCUGAAACGCGACAUUUGAAACAGGCCAUACUCUUGUAUGGAAUCUAUAACUGAACAGACAACGCGGCAACAUCUUUUAAAUAGACUAUGAUCAGGCCAACACAUUGUUAAUUUCACGAAUUGUAAAACAUGCAGACUUUGUACUAUAUGAUUAAGCACCAAAGCGAAAUUCAAACAGGUUACAAAGUUGCAUGCAUGCAUACCAAAUUAGGAACACUGACGUCAUCAUUCUUCAAUUUGAUUGGGUAAAUAUUACAAACAUAGAAGACCUGUCAAUCAAUUAAGUUUCUCAACGAACUAAAUUUGAUCUGCCACACGUAAGAAAGCUUUUUAAAAUCUACCGAUUAAAAGUUCUUAAUUUAAAAAGAGAAUUAAAUUUCACUCUGUUUAGCAAAUCAAGAAAUGGCAUCAUCUUGUAAAGAACUACUGCAAAGAAACAGGUAUGUAAGGCGCCACAUUACAGCACAAUUAUUUUCUGACAUAUAUAAUGAAAGACUUAAUGAAAGCAUUCGUUUUGUAAUGUCGUGGUCUCGACAUUCCAAAAUCCUGGUUUCCAUAUGAUCAUAACAGUCGUAAAGAUUGAGCCACGAUCUUUCUCAGCAGCCGAAAUACAACAUUUGGAACUGAAAAACGCGGGGUGAUUAUAACUAUAUAGAGAAUACUUAUGAUUUAUAUGUGGUUUACAGGUAUAACAACUUUCUCAACUGGCCGUUGAGAAAGAUCGUGACUCUAUUUUACGACCAUUACGACCAUAUGGAAACCAGGCUAAGGGGAUUUUAAGAGGAAUAACAGUUUAAAACUGAUAGAACUAUCAAAUAUAACGAAGUUAUAUAGUUUAAUCAAACUUUGUUCUCUACACCACUGGGCAUAUAAAUGAUAAAAAUUUGAUUAGAAAUGUAGUGCAAAAUAUCUUAAUCUAAAAUUUCUGACUAAAAUCUACACGAUGUUACGUUGUUGUCAUAGUAUUCAUAUAUAACUGCGUAGUAUUUAUAGGUCACUAAGCAAUGGUGUUUACCACCUGCAAAAUACAGAUUCACUCGAACAAUAUCAAGUUUACUGUCACAUGACCGAAUUAUCUGAAUGUGGCCAAGGAGGUUGGACACUAGUGAUGAAAGUCGAUGGGAACAAGGUACGGAUAAUCGUAGCCUAAUAUCAUUUCUUAGAAUGUAUAAACACUGACAGACAAUAGUUAUAUAGAGAAAUGAAUUAACGUUUUGCUUUGACACCUUUGUAGAAUGACUUUAACUACAGCUCUCCUUACUGGACAAACAAGGAAACCUACGCAGUUGAAGAUGGACUUAAAGGUUUGGAUAAUAAACAAACAAAACUUGCUUCUUACUGGAGCAUACCGUUUAACAACAUAUGCCUCGGCAUGAAAGUCAAUGGUGCUACAAAAUGGAUAGCGUUAAACUACACUGCAAAUUCGUUACACAGUGUGAUCGAAGAUGGGACUUUUAAAAGAACAACCGCUGGAAAUGAAGCAUGGAAAUCUCUUAUCGAUGGUCCGUCUUUGCAAGACAACUGUAAUGAAGAAGGAUUUAAUAUACAAGGGUCUUACCAUUUUGGUGAACAGUAUUCGUGGCACAUGAACAUACGAAUUGGCGUGGUGGCAAAUGAGCAAAACGACUGCUAUUCUUGUGACUCGUGCAUUGGCUUUGGAACUUCAAUAACUGGAUGCGAGGAUGACGUAAGGAAGACAACGUGUGGUAAUAUGGCUGUUUGUAAUCAACUUGACAACAAGAACACCGCAGCAUUUGGAUAUAUACUUAUACAGUAG